AUGUCGUUUGAAUUAACGUUUCUAGGCUCUUCCGGUGGCCCGUUGGAAGGCACCACCUGCGCCAUACUCCUCAAGCCCAGCAACGUUGAAUAUGCGGAUAUCGUCGCUGGCAAGCUACAUGAUGAGCUCGUCUGCAUCGAUGCUGGUUCAGGGCUUGCCCAGCUCACCGAGAUCAUUUACAACGAAAUGUUACACCAGCAACCGACCAGCAGGCUACUGAAAUACUAUCCAAACUCCUUGCCAGUCCACAGUUAUUAUAGUGCUGAAGUGACAACCCCGUUCAAGGACUUGAAGGCUGAUUCAUGUUUCCAGGCUUCACAAGGAAUAUUCAAUUGCAUGAGUACUUAUUUGAUCACCCAUCCGCAUCUAGACCACAUCUCAUCUCUAGUCAUCAACUCUGCAUCGUUCUCUAAGCUCAAUCCCAAAACGGUCUACGGUUCCAUCUAUACGGUGUCAGCACUACAGAACAACGUCUUCAACGGCAUCAUAUGGCCCAACAUGCCCAGCUUCGAUAUCUUAAAAUUGGUAUCUCGUGACUACUGGAAGCAGUUCACCAUCAACAACGGCAAAUACACCAUCACCAUGUUCGAUUUGAGCCACGGCGAGUUGGUCAAACAUGAGUCAAAGAAAAAUGGUACUAUAGGUACUACUACUCUCACACAGGAGGCACAAUACAGUCAUCAAAAAAAGCAUUACAUCUCGCUGGCGUUCUUAAUUUCGUACAAUCCCACUAAUGACCUCAUACUAAUCUUCGGUGAUUUUGAGAGUGACUUGGUCUCAAAACUAGAUAAUAACAGAAGGAUAUGGCGUCAUAUAGCACCCAUCAUCACUUCUGGCGAAAAGAAGCUAAAAGGAAUAGUGCUAGAAUGCUCUAAUUGCAAUGGCUAUCCUGAAGCAGAAUUAUAUGGCCAUCUUACACCAUCCUACUUGAUCCUGGAAUUGUUGGCUCUUGAAGCUGCCUGUCUUGAAAUCAGUCCUGAUUCUGUACGGCCACUCGAGGGCCUUAACAUCAUCAUAAACCAUGUAAAGGAGCCUAUAUUAGUCAUUCUAGAUCCAAGACAGAAGAUUCUUCAUGAUUUGAACGAACAGAAUAAGUUGGAAAACUUGGGAUUGAACAUAUCCAUUGGUUUGAAUGGCAUCUCAAUAAAGCUUUAG